UCAAAGAGUGAAAAGAAAAAGAAAAAGGUUUGUUUGGGAGGGAAGGGAAAAUGGAGAAGAAAAAGAAGCUAAACCAUCAUCAACAAAACCCCAGAUUUGCCUGGCAUUGUAGCCUUGUUCUCUUCUCCGUAUUCGCCAUUUCCACAACAGCUCAAGCAUUUGAUUAUGCUGAUGCAUUUACGAAGAGCCUUCUUUACUUCGAAUCCCAACGAUCCGGUCGGUUACCUUACAAUCAACGUGUCACUUGGCGUGGCCAUUCUGGCCUCACCGACGGAUUGGAACAAGGAGUGGACUUAGUAGGAGGAUACUAUGAUGCUGGCGAUCAUGUCAAAUUCGGACUCCCAAUGGCUUUCACUGUAACAAUGCUUUCGUGGAGUAUCAUCGAAUUUCGUGAUCAGAUCGCUAAAGCCGGAGAAUUGGAGCAUGCAUUAGAGGCUGUGAAAUGGGGGACCGAUUACUUCAUCAAGGCACACACCAGCCGAAAUGUAUUAUGGGCAGAGGUGGGUGAUGGGGACACUGACCAUUACUGUUGGCAACGCCCGGAGGAUAUGACCACCUCACGCCAAGCCUACAAGAUUGAUGAGAACAAUCCAGGGUCGGAUCUGGCCGGAGAGACGGCGGCUGCAAUGGCGGCAGCAUCAAUUGUGUUCAAGAAAACAAACCCACGUUACUCUCACUUACUCUUGCACCAUGCCCAAGAGCUGUUUGAGUUCGGGGAUAAGUAUAGAGGGAAAUAUGAUGGAAGCGUAGGGGUGGUGAAGGGCUACUAUGCGUCGGUGAGUGGAUACAUGGACGAGUUGUUGUGGGCAGCUUUGUGGUUGCACCAGGCCACCGACAAAGAGGAGUACUUGAAGUAUGUUAUAAACAAGGCUCACUGUUUUGGUGGGAUUGGUUGGGCCAUGACAGAGUUCAGCUGGGAUGUCAAGUACGCUGGGGUUCAAGUUAUCGCAUCGAAGUUGCUGGAGAAACAAAAUCAUAAGCAGCACGCUCAUAUUCUCAAUCAAUACCGAUCAAAAGCCGAGUACUACCUAUGCUCAUGUCUCAACAAAAACAAUGCCAGCAACAACAUUGAUCGUACCCCAGGAGGUCUUCUAUACAUCCGGCGAUGGAACAACAUGCAAUACGUAUCAACAGCAGUAUUCCUUCUCACCCUUUACUCCGACUUCCUUCGGGACUCGAACAAACUCCUCGAAUGCCCUGCCGGAACAGUGGAUCAUGAAGGGAUCCUCAAAUUUGCCAAAUCUCAAGUAGAUUACAUAUUAGGUUCCAAUUCCAUGAACAUGAGUUAUUUAGUGGGUUAUGGUUCAAAAUACCCCACAAGGGUGCACCAUAGGGGGGCCUCAAUAGUGUCAUAUAGAGAGAAUAAGGGGUUCAUUGGGUGCAUCCAAGGUUAUGACAAUUGGUAUAGUCGGCAAGAACCUAACCCUAAUGUCUUGGUGGGGGCACUAGUCGGGGGACCAGAUUGUCAAGAUAAUUUCAUGGAUCAAAGAGAUAAUUAUAUGCUGACUGAGGCCUGCACAUAUAAUACAGCACCAUUAGUUGGGGUUUUCGCUAGGUUCUCACAUUUAGAGGAUAACCAUGAACUAGAAUUGGUUGCUUCUUAUUAGAAACAA